UUAUCGUACACGCUUUUAGAACAUGUGCUUCUGGCUGCCUGGGUUAUCAGAGGAAAACUGCCCACUAUUGAGCGAUCAACAGUAAAUUGUCUGAAAAUAAUGUCGUUACGCAGGGUGUAUCAAAAGCUACUGAAAGACCACUUUAUGGUUGUGCAGUCUGCCCAAACUGGCCUUUUGAUGGGCACAGGUGAUAUAAUCGCCCAAACCAUUAUAGAAGGUAAAAGGGGAGCUACAUACGAACCUAAGCGAACGGCCAAGUUUACUCUUCUAGGGACCGUCUUUGUGGGGCCCACGUUAAGCUUGUGGUACAAAGUGCUGGCUCGAAAAAUCGGCACUGAAAUGUCCACAGCCGUCACUCUGAAAAAAGUCGCUCUAGACCAACUGGUUUUCGCACCGAGUUUCCUCAUACUAUUCCUAACUAAUCUGAAUUUAAUCAAUGGCCGUUCAUUGAGUGAAGCCAAGGAGGAUGUGUCUUCAAACUAUCUCGAUAUUAUGGUGGCGAAUUACAAACUGUGGCCUGCAGUUCAGCUGUUUAAUUUUUAUUGCGUUCCUUUAAAUUAUCAGGUUUUACUUGCGCAAAGUGUUGCUGUGGUUUGGAACACUUACCUUUCAUGGAAGACCAAUCUUAAGUAAGGCUUAAUUAAUUACGGUAGCCUAAGUGUUUAUUAAUAGAAAGCAAUACGUAUAUUAAAGCUUGUGUGUUGAAAUUAAUUAAUUAAAUAAAUAAACACAUUAUUAUUUACUGAAUAAAAACAGGCUACUGUAAGCAGAUAAAUUUUUAAGACAAUUUUCUGUACAAUGUCAAAUCCAUGUCAUUUGCUUGUAGCAGUGUAUGAUUUUUUGCUGAACAAUUGUUCAAAGUUCCGUCCGACUAAGUUUCAUAAAAUCGCGACAAUUUUCGAACCUUGUGUUCAAAACUGUUGAUUUUCCAAAUGAGGAAGUUUUCCUUUGCCAUUUUGUGGUAUUUUUCCGACCAACAACGGGGAUUUAGCAGCAAACAUGAUUUUUUAAAUUGGGAAUUUCUGACGUCUGCUGUCAUGUGGCAAGAAAUAUUGAGUCUGUAGUGAAAUUAAGUUGUGUAUUUUGAGUGUUUGGUGGAGUGCUCCUCAAGAGUUUCAGGACUAUUUGGACAGCGAAGUGUAUAAUUAAGACAAUGUGUCUACGGACUUGAUCCAUUAACCGUGUGGAACGUGGCAUAAAAGAAGCAAAAGGGUUAAAAGUAUAAUUCUUGAUUUAAAAUAAUUCUUUGGAAGCUUCAAGUGCGAUUUAAUUUAAAACGUAUUUGUCUCGACAACUGAAAAAUCGAAAAUAGUGUUGAUUAGUCUGCUCUGCUUUUUAGACAAAACUUUCCAAGCUUUCGAAAAAUGUAUGUUGUUUACUGCAGAAAUUUCAAGUCAAUAACGCCAGAACUAGAGCAGACUGUAACCCGGCAAUGUUCAAAGUUUUAGAGCAUUUUUAUCAAGUUCAGCGCUUUAGCUGUAAGUCCAUAACUCCGGGAAAACGCAGAUAAGUUUAAGAAAAAAAUUUCAAUAAAUCAAGUUUGGUUACUUUCUACACAUAGAUAAAAAAGAAUUUAGACGCUGUCAAUUUAAACAUUCGUUCUCAUUUGUUACUAUACUUUUUCAUUCACCAAAAUGUCGUAGUUUUUGCACAAACAUCAAUAAACGGCAUCAGAAAAAUAGCAAAACCAGACAACCACCAACCCGUUCAACCUCUAAACCACAUGAUGUUGACAACCAUUUUUCACCCUGCAAAAUUAAUAAUUCACAAAUUAGCCAGCAGAUUAUUCUUGCGCAAAUCAUUCUGCCAAUUCCCUGAUCCGCUGGUGCUUCCAGUUUGUUACAAUGCGCCACAAUAUGGCAAUAAAGUUGCCAUUUAUGACCAGACUGGAAGCUACAGUUUCCGGAACUUGUUCAUUGAGGCUCAGAUGUUGUCUUCAAAACUGUCUAUUUUAUUGGGUGGAAGCACUGGAGAAAGAGUGUUGUUUCUGUGCCCCAAUGAUGCCAGCUACGUGAUUACCAUAUGGGCCAUUUGGAUGGCGGGGCAAAUCGCUGUGCCUCUAAGCCCUUUACAUCCAGAGCAAUUGCUCGAGUAUUACAUCAAGGAUGCCAAUAGCAGGUUAAUGGUUUCUUCUCUGGAGUUUGCCAAAACUCUCCAUUCUCUAUCCAGGAAAUCUGGCAUUCAACAGCAUCUGCUAGAAGAAGAUCUGCUGCUCAGAGCGAAGACUCACAAGUCCGUUGAUCCCAAUCCUGAUCCCCUAUCUAAAGAAUUCUAUCAAAGCAGUGACGCUUUAAUUCUGUACACAAGCGGCACUACUGGCAAUCCCAAAGGAGUGGUUUUAACGCACAGGAAUAUCAAUGUGCAGCUGAAAAUGCACAUUGAAGCAUGGAAAUGGUCAGCAAGCGAUAUGAUUUUGCACACGUUGCCGCUUCAUCACGUCCAUGGGACACUUUAUGCCCUAUUUUGCCCUUUAUUUGUUGGAGCCUCCAUUAUCAUGCUCCCGAAGUUUAACGCCGCCCUCGCUUGGUCCUACCUGCUAAACAGAAAGCAGGAGGUUGAAGGCAAAGUUUCCGUUUUUAUGGCUGUGCCCACCAUAUUCUCCAAACUCAUCGAGGAGUUUGAUUUGAAUCUGUCUUCCAGCUCUGAGCUAGUGAAGGAGUUUCUGAGCAGCCACAUGAGGCUUAUGGUGAGUGGAUCUGCUCCCUUACCAGAGCCAGUUUUUGAACGAUGGUUGGCAAUAUCUGGAUACAAGCUACUAGAGCGCUAUGGGAUGACUGAAAUCGGGAUGGCUUUAACAAACGAUUACGACUCAGAUCGAGAGCCUGGAUUUGUAGGAAUGCCUUUACCCUCAGUGUCCGUUGCCUUAGCUGAUCCAGACACCAAGGAAAUCGUCUUCAAAUGUGCAAAUCAAUCUGGAAAGUUCCUUGUUGAAAACACAGCUCAAGAUCAAGAUCAAGAUCCAACUGGAGAACUCCUCGUAAAAGGAGAGAGUGUUUUUCGGGAAUACUUCAAUAAACCGCAGGAAACUCUAAAGGAAUUUACGGAGCAGGGCUGGUUCAUUACGGGGGACAUUGCUCAGUAUUCUAUAGAAAAGCGUAACUUUAAAAUGCUAGGGAGAAAGAGCGCGGAUAUUAUUAAAUCAGGCGGCUAUAAAAUCAGUGCCUUGCAAAUCGAAACCCUACUUCUGGCCCAUCCGGGUAUAAAAGAGUGUACGGUUCUUGGUGUUCCAGAUCAAACUUAUGGGGAACGAGUAGCUGCUGUGCUAGUUUUCAAUAAAGAACCUCCUGAGAGUUUAGCAGCCUUAAAGGAGUGGUGCGGAGGAAAAAUGCCAAAGUAUUGGGUGCCAACGGUGUGGAAAGUAGUGGAGAAUAUUCCCAAAAACGCCCUAGGGAAAGUUAAUAAAAGAGAACUGCGGAAUCAGUUGUUUAAUAAAAGUCUUGAAAGUUAGGAGCUUCUUGUGGCUGUCGAACUGGAUAUAUACACGGUUGAUGGCAUCUAGAUUAGUACAGAACGCGAUGAACAAAAUUUCUGGAAAUUUGUGCAACGAAAUAAUUGGAUAUGAUACUAAAAUAUUUUUAUCAACGCGUUGUUGCCGCGUGUAUUGAAAAGUACAUCCAACGUUGAUAUUUUAAAUGAGACACCCUGUAUACAGUACCCUGUAUAUGAACGAAUAUUUUUUUCUAUUUAGUACGAUAAAAAGUCAAUAAGAAAAGUCCAUAAGAAAAAUCAAAGUGGACUGUUAUUUUGCAAUACUAAACACCAAUAAAAAAAAUCUGACACUACCAUGAA